AUGCUCAAGGAUCUGGUGUGGAGGGAAGAUGUACAUGGCCGCGAGGUACUCAUCGACGCUGAGGCCGACGAGGCGGUCUCUUUAUGGCUCGUCGGUAACAUCAGCGGUCGUUCAUUCUGGCUGCAGCCAUGCAGCAACUGGAGCCACCGGUUGGGUGGUGGAGGGGACAAGAACAGCAAAGAUUUCGAGAAUCACACAGCGUCCGCCUACCUCGCGGCCCCUCGCGAUGAUCGCCUCUGCGCGAUCUUCCAGCAGGCACUCACAGGAGCGCGUGCCAUUGUCCAGCAGUCGAAGGACAAGACCAACAUCCCGGUGAACAGCAACGGUUCCUUGACGGACGCAGGCGACCGGCUGAAAAUCCGUCACAAGAUGUUCGAGACUGUCGAUCCCAAAGACGGCACCCAGUUCAGGAAGAAGUGGAACAUAACGAACUGGCCUUGCAGGACCAACGAGGCCCAGGCCGCUCGAGCGAGACUUGAAAGGGCGAAGUCUCACCGUCCUCGACCGUUGCCCGCAUACGACACCAGCGAACGCCUCAUCCAACCGCCGAACUACGAGCACGCACUGAAGGGUGCGCUUGUCAAAGCCGUCAUCGUCAUCUCACGGUGGAAGAUCGACAACGUUUACUCGUUCAACGCUGACAUCGUCGAGCUCGACGUCGUCGAGGAGCCGCUCUCGCUCAUCGCUUCUCCCAUGAAGAGAAGCCUGGAGGACGGGCCGUCGCACAGCCCCAAGAAGAAACGUGCCUAG